AAAAAAAAAUUUUAAGUGCGUAGAAAGUUAGUUGACUGAACAUUGCACACCAUGUCUUCUUUAUUGCCACUAGCAUCGUACAACUUGGAGCUCCAGCCAUUUUCUCCGGAACCUUGUCAACCGGAAGAUUUCCCGGUCACUGUCAGAUUGACCCUGGCAGCCGUUAACCCAGAGCCUUUCGACGACAAGGAAGAGCCAUCCACUUUAAGAAUUCUUAAAAAGUCCAUCAAGCUCGAUGACUAUGACUCUGACGAGGAGGACUUCGAUGAUGACGAUGACAGUGAGCAAGAAUCCGAAGAUGAUGUUGAAGAUGAAGGCAAAAUCCAAGAGAUCGAUGAAAAGGAAGAGGAAGACGAGGACAAAGCAGGGAACGAAAGCGACGAUUCUGGCGAGAAUUCAGACGAUAGCUCUGAAAGUGAAUCGGAGAAUGAUGAGAUUGAAGAUGAUGAUGCAAUUGAGGAGCAUAUCAUUUGCACGCUUUCGCCAAAAAGCCAGUUCCAGCAGACUUUGGACCUGACUAUUUUGCCAGAUGAAGAAGUUUACUUCGUCGUUACUGGCUCUUACUCCAUUCAUUUAACCGGUAACUAUGUGGAACAUCCUUAUGAUGAAGAAGAAGAUGACUAUUCAGAUGAUGAUUCCGAGGACGAUGAAGAUUUUGAUAGCGAUGAGUAUGAUCUCACCCCCGACGAAGACGAAAUUAUUGAAGGAGAAGAUUUUGAUCUUGAUGACUUGGAAGGGGUUGAUGACAUUGAAGGUAAAAUUGAAGAACUUGUUGAGGAAGAUCAAAAAGCUGGUAAAAGUGAGAAGAAGAGGCCAGCUGAAGAGGAGCCAAAAGAAGUGAAAGACUCUAAAAAAUCGAAGAAAGAAUUAAAAAAGGAAUCUAAGGAAGCUAAGGAAGCUAAGGAAGCUAAGAAAGAUAAGUCUGUCAAAUUCAACAAAGAGCUUGAACAAGGGCCAACAGGUCCGGCCGCUAAGCAAUCCUCGAAAUCCGAAGACAAGAAGAAGUUUCCCACUAAGACUUUGCAGGGUGGUGUGACUAUUGAGGAUAGAACUGUUGGCACGGGACCAGCGUGCAAGAAGGGACAAAAAGUUGGUGUCAGAUACAUUGGAAAAUUGAAAAACGGAAAGGUUUUUGACAAAAACACUUCUGGCAAACCAUUUGUUUUCGCUUUGGGCAAAGGUGAAGUGAUCAAAGGUUGGGACCUCGGCGUUGCUGGUAUGGCAGUUGGUGGUGAAAGAAGAAUCGUGAUUCCUCCAGCCAUGGCUUAUGGAUCCAAAAAGCUUCCUGGUAUUCCAGCAAAUUCUGAGCUGACCUUUGACGUCAAGCUCCUGAGCAUCAAAUAGUAUCGUGCUAAAUACUCCCUGAAUAUUUCUAUAUAAUCAAAGUACUAUUCAGAAUGAACGAAAUAUCAGUAAUUCAAGAGGUCCCUUUGCCCGUAAAUAGCUCCUAUAAUCAAUACAAUUCGUUCCAUAAUCGUCUGAUUGCGUUGGUCAAGUGCGGCUGCCAUUUGUUUCAAUGCUUUUUUUCCCAGCGCUCGCAUCACUGACAUAUUUGACGAGGUCAUCACAGUGUCAGUAGCAUACAGCAUAUGAAAUAUCCACUGCUCAAAGCAAACGUUGAUAUCGCGAUUUAGCCAUUUUGUGAAGUAAACGAUUAAUUUGAUGUUCACAUUCUCUUCUACUAUUUGAGCCGUAAUUGCAAAAGAAGGUUCAUUAUUGAAAAUCAAGUGUUUCCAUUCUUUUUGGUUCUGUGGCAAGUCAAUGGCAUCGAGCUCGGUUAGGUUUAAUCUAUAGUUGAGAUAGGCUUUUUGACUGGACUUGAACUCUUCCAAAUAUUCUACCGGCCAGCGUCGAUGGUUUUCCUUGUCCAAGGUUGGUUCACUGUGCGAUUGCUGAUUGUCUGAGUUGAAAAUUCUUUUUUCCGCCACAGAAGCUUCAGAGCAAAACCCUUGUUUUUCGAACUGUUGUGCUUCUAAUCGAACUAGCGCCAGAUAAGAAUUCACGUCAGUUGUAGCCUUACUAGCAUCUACUGAUUCCAAGUCCAAAGCUAUCGGAAAUGCUCUCCGUUGUCCAAAAAUGGGAUCCAGAGGCCCUUGAAUCAGAUUUUCUGUAUUUAUCUCUUUCGCUCGUCUUAUCUGCUCAUUGAUAGUGGAUCCUACAUCUCCCUGGACCUCUAAUUCUCCGCUGGCGUCUUCCUUUUGUUUCCGCUUAUUUGGUGUAUCACUGUUUCGAGCUCUCUUGAGCAAUUUGACGGGAUAUGCCAAUUUGGAACCAGCAACAUCCAUCCGAUGUAUUAAAUUUUUCAAAAAUUUUAGUGCAUAACCAAUGCACUAUUCAUAAUACAAUUUGAGUUCAUGCCCAAAAGAUUCUUUGACGAAUCCAAUGAUGCAAAUAAGAGCGGUGAAGACACUCAAUCAAAAUGCUUGACAUCUAUCGUUC